AUGUCUGACAAACCCGAUAUGGCCGAGAUUGAGAAAUUCGGUAAGUCGAAAUUGAAAACAGAACCGAAAGAGAAAAAAAACCCACUGCCUUCAAAAGAAACGACUGAACAGGAGAAGCGAGCAGGCGAGCCGUAAUGAGGCGCGCGCCGCCAGUAUGCACCGUACCUUCCACAAGCAUUGCCUUAUUUUACUUCUUUUAGCUGUUUAACUUCGUAAGAUGCAAAGAGGUUGGAUCAAGUUUCAAUGACUGUGGUGCCCCUUUUCACAUCGAAGAAUGGGAAACUACUGACAACGCAGGCCGCGCCUGCCUCU